UCUUCGUACCAUUUCUCGGAGGCGGGAAAAUCAAACAAAUGCUUCUAACAAUAGAGCUUCUAAAGCAACAAAACCCUCGAACUCUAUUACAUUUUUAUGAACAACAACCCAACAAGAACAAAGACUUGGGUCUUUCUAAGUCAAAAUAUAAAGAACAGCAAGGAGCAUGGAUGAAAUGAAGGAGAAGGAGGAGAUGGAGACCCAUUUGGGGUUGACUGAUAUUUUGUUUUCUUGGUCACUUGAAGAUAUUUUCAAUGAAAAUUUGUACCAAGAUAAGAUUGAAAAGAUUCCGGAUACUUUUGGGUCUGUUGAGAGUUAUCUUGGGUCAUAUAUCAACCCUUUACUAGAGGAGACUAGAGCUCAGCUUUGUUCUUGCAUGGACAUGGAUGUUAUAUCGGCUGCACCGUGUGCUGAAGUGAGUUAUUUGGUAGAGUGUAAGCCGUAUAAUACCGGUUUAUAUGACUGCAAGGUUGAUGGAUGGAAGAACAAAUUUGACCGAAUUGGGAAGGAGCCAUAUGAAGUUUUUCCUGGAGAUGUAUUUAUUUUGGCAGAUGUCAAACCUGAACUUCCUUCAGAUUUACAAAGAAUGGGAAAAUCUUGGAGUUUAGCCAUUGUUCAUAAAAUGUCAGAAGAUGAUCUCUCCUCCACUUCAUUUAAAGUAAAAGUACAGAACUUGGAGAUGAUCGAGAAAUCGAUGUUUGUGGUUUUUUUGUUUAAUAUACUCCCGAGCAAAAGAAUAUGGAAUGCAUUACACAUGAAUGUGAAUUCAGAGAUUAUCAGUAAAAUUCUAUGCCCCAAUUCAAUGGAUGCUGAAAAUUUUGACACGUCUAGGCAUCUGUAUCAAAAUUUGAAUGCCAGCUUUCUCUCAUCCUUGAAUGCCUCUCAAGAGAGAGCCGUUUUGUCAUCCCUUUACAAAACAAAUUUUGAGCAUGAACCUACUGCUGACCUUAUAUGGGGUCCACCAGGGACAGGGAAGACGAAGACAGUUAGUGUGUUGCUCUUAAAUCUAAUGCAGAACAGAUGCAAAACUAUCAUAGUCACUCCGACAAAUGUUGCCAUCGUGGAAGUUGCCACCCGAGUUCUUAAUUUGGUCAAGGAGUUACAUGAAAUAGAAUAUGGACCAGAUUGUUUAUAUUAUUCUUUUGGAGACAUUCUUUUAUUUGGAAAUAAGGAGAUGCUCAAACUUGGCUCAGACGUUGAAGAAAUAUAUUUGGAUUAUCGAAUUCAAAAACUUCUGGAGUGCUUUGGCCCCCUCACUGGUUGGAGGCAUUGCUUUGGAUCCAUGACUGAUUUUCUUGAAGAUUGUGUUUCUCAGUACAACAUUUUCUUGGAAAAUGCACUUAAACAAGAAUGCCUUGAUGAUAAAGAAACUGAUGAAAAAGGCUGCAUAAGGAAAGAUAAAGAUGCUAAGGUGGCUAGUAAAUCUUUUCUUGAAUUUGCGAGAGAGAAGUUUAUGUCCGUUGCAUCUCAACUCCGAACGUGUCUUGCAAUCUUCAGUACUCAUUUACCUAGAAAAUGCAUUUUGAAGCUUGGUUUGCAGGACUUGGUUUCCCUUUCUAAAUCAUUAGAUUGUUUUGAAGAUUUACUAUUUCGACAAUCUGUUGUUUCUGAUGUACUUGAGGAUCUUUUUAAACGUUCUGUUGUAAGUGAAGAUUUCCCUACAACAUGCACCGAUUUUGCGUGCUUGUUUGACAUGGCAAGAAGUGGUUGCUUAUCCGGUUUGAAAUCUCUUCAUUGUUCCUUAAGAGCACUUAAGCUUCCAAGGGCCAUAAACAGAUUAUCGAUCGAGCACUUCUGCUUUCAGAACGCUUCCUUGGUCUUUUCCACUGCUUCAAGCUCAUAUAGGUUACAUUAUAAAUAUAGGCUAGAUUCUGAGUCGAUGCCUUCUUUCAAAGUAUUAGUAAUUGAUGAAGCAGCACAGUUGAAAGAGUGUGAGUCAAUCAUUGCAUUUCAAAUUCCAGAUAUUAAGCAUGCUAUACUCAUAGGUGAUGAGUGCCAAUUACCUGCAAUGGUUGAAAGCAAGCUUGCUGACAAUGCUGGAUUUGGAAGAAGUUUAUUUGCACGGUUUAGCUCUCUUGGCCACCCUAGACACCUUCUCAAUGUGCAGUACAGAAUGCACCCAUCCAUUAGUUUCUUUCCAAAUUCGAAAUUCUAUUUUAGCCAGAUCUUGGACGGUCCUAAUGUUCAAAGUUCGAACUAUCAGAAGAACUAUCUUUUGGGAUUUAUGUUUGGACCCUAUUCUUUCAUAAACAUAAAGUAUGGAAAAGAAGAGAAAGAUGAUAUUGGACACAGUCGAAAGAAUAUGAUUGAGGUGGCUGUCGCUUUGAAAAUUGUGCAAAGCUUGUACAAUGCAUGGACAAACUCAGGAGGAAAGCUCAGCAUUGGUAUUAUCUCCCCAUAUUCUGCUCAAGUAGCAACUAUUCGAGAUAAACUUGGACACAGGUAUGAUAAACUUGAUGGCUUUUGGGUGAAGGUGAAAUCUGUUGAUGGCUUUCAAGGUGGUGAGGAAGACAUAAUCAUUAUCUCAACCGUUAGAUCAAAUAGAGGUUCUUCUGUUGGAUUCUUAUCUUGUGAUCAAAGGACAAAUGUUGCUCUUACAAGAGCUAGAUAUUGCCUGUGGAUUCUAGGGAAUGAUAAAACCUUGUCAAAUAGUGAGUCUUCUUGGGCUCAUUUGGUCUGCGAUGCUAAGGAUCGUGGCUGUUUCUUUGAUGCUGAUGAUGAUGAGAACCUAGCCAAAGCAAUAGUGGAUGUAAAGAAAGAGUUCAACCAACUUGAUGAUUUAUUGAGAGGAGAUAGUAUUCUUUUCAGAAAUGCAAGAUGGAAGGUUCUAUUCAGUGAUAGAUUUCUGAAAUCAUUCAAGAAAUUGUCUGCAGUUGAGAUGAAGAAAAAAGUUCUGAAUCUUCUACUAAAACUUUCCAAUGGUUGGAGGCCGAAAACAAGAGAUUUAAAUUUGGUAUGUGGAAGUUCAACGAGAAUUUUGAAGAAAAUCAAGGUCGAGCGCCUCUAUGUUAUUUGUUCAAUUGAUAUAGUAAAAGAGUCGGCAUACAUGCAAGUUUUGAGAAUUUGGGAUGUCUUACCAUUGGAGGAUAUCUCAAAAUUGGUCAAACAUCUCGACAAUAUAUUCAGCUCUUACACUGAUGAAUACGUCAAUCUUUGUCAAGAAAUAUGCUAUGAUGGGGAUUUCUUGGAAGUUCCCAAAACUUGGGCAUUUAUGUCAGAGCUUGUAAGAUACAAGAGUGAUGUUGACAAUUCAAAUGGGGGCAACUUACAAGGUACUGCUUAUGAUGGCAGAAGUUAUGUUGAGAAUUCAAAGGUCAAAGACAGCUUGUUACUGAUGAAAUUUUACUCCUUAUCAUUUGGUGUGGUGAGCCAUUUGCUUUCGGAUAGAGAUGGCAUUGAGUUGGACCUUCCGUUUGAAGUAACAGAAGAAGAACUAGAUAUAAUUCUUUAUCCCAGAAGCACUUUUAUCCUUGGACGGUCUGGAACUGGUAAAACAACUGUAUUAACCAUGAAGUUAUAUCAGAAGGAAAAGUUGCAUUAUUUGGUUGCAGGAUCCUAUGGAGUUGAGGAUGGUGUGAGUUCAGAAGUUGGUCAAAAAAGUGAAAUUUCAGAUAUUCCAGCAGCGGAAAAUGGAGCUGUUUUACGGCAGCUUUUCCUGACAGUUAGUCCAAAACUUUGUUAUGCUGUUAGACAGCAUGUAGCUCACUUGAAAAGCCAUGCUUGUGGUGGGGAUACUAAGAGAACAACUGCAUUUGAUAUGGAAAAUAUGGAUGACUUAGAAGCACAAUUCACGGAUGUCCCUGAUUCCUUGGCUAAUAUUACAACGAAGUCAUAUCCACUUGUGAUAACUUUCUACAAGUUCUUGAUGAUGCUGGAUGGAACCUUAUGCAACUCUUAUUUUGAGAGGUUUUGUGAUGCAAGACAACUGUUAUAUGGUCAAACUUGUGGUUCAAGAUCUAUUGCAUUGCAAUCUUUUAUAAGAAAAAAUGAAGUUACGUAUGAUCGUUUUAGUUCUUCUUAUUGGCCUCAUUUCAAUACCCAACUCACAAAAAAGCUAGAUUGCUCCAGGGUUUUCACUGAGAUUCUUUCACAUAUAAAAGGGGAUCCUCGAGCCAUUGAUGCAAGUGAUGGAAAAUUAAGUAAAGAGGAUUAUCUUUUACUGUCCCAUUGUCGAACAUCCAGCUUAACUAGGCAGGAGAGAGAGACAAUUUAUGAGAUCUUCCAAAGUUAUGAGAAAUUGAAGAUGGAAAAUAGAGAGUUUGAUCUGGGUGAUUUUGUUAUUGACCUCCAUCAUCGCCUUAGAACUCAAGGAUAUGAGGGUGAUGAAAUGGAUUUUAUUUACAUUGAUGAAGUGCAGGAUUUGAGCAUGAGUCAGCUUGCUCUUUUCAGUUAUGUCUGCAGAAACGUCGAAGAAGGAUUUGUCUUUUCAGGUGAUACAGCUCAGACAAUUGCCAGGGGAAUUGAUUUUAGGUUCCAGGAUAUAAGAUCAUUGUUUUACAAAAAGUUUGUAUUACCACAGAUAAGGAGUGGAGGUCGUGAAAGAGAAGACAAAGGUCACAUUUCAGAGAUAUUUCAUUUGAGUCAAAAUUUUAGAACACAUGCUGGAGUUCUUAAUCUAUCACAAAGUGUAAUUGAUCUUCUCUAUCAUUUUUUCCCACAAUCGAUUGACAUUUUGAAGCCUGAGACUAGUCGUAUUUCUGGGGAAUCCCCUGUGCUGCUUGAAUGUGGAAACAAUGAAAAUGCAAUUAAAAUGAUCUUUGGAAAUAGAAGGAAUGUUGGGAGUAUGGAAGGAUUUGGGGCCGAGCAGGUAAUAUUGGUGCGUGAUGAAUCUGCCCAAAAAGAGAUCUUUAAUAUUGUUGGAAAGAAAGCACUUGUACUUACCAUUCUGGAGUGCAAGGGACUCGAGUUUCAGGAUGUGUUGUUAUACAACUUUUUUGGUUCCUCGCCUUUGAAAAACAAAUGGAGGGUUAUUUACAAUUAUAUGGAGGAGCUAGGCAUGCUAGAUUCCAACUUACAUCAGUCUAUCCCUCAAUUUAGCAAGUCAAAACAUAACAGUUUGUGCUCUGAGCUGAAGCAAUUGUAUGUUGCGGUGACUCGUACGAGGCAGAGACUAUGGUUUUGCGAGGAUACAAGAGAGCAUUCUGAACCCCUGUUUGAUUAUUGGAAACGAAAAUGUGUGGUGCAAGUUCAACAGUUGAAUGAUUCCCUUGCUCAAUCUAUGGUAGCUUCGAGUAGUAGGGAGGAUUGGAGGUCACAAGGGUUUAAGCUAUACCACGAGGGCAACUAUAAAAUGGCAACAAUGUGUUUUGAAAGAGCUGAAGAUGAUUAUUGGGAAAAAAGAUCCAAGGCCUCUGGUCUUAGAGCUUUUGCAGAACAUAUCCUUAAGGCCAAUCCUGUAGAAGCUAAUUCAAUCCUCAGGGAAGCAGCGGUAAUAUACGAAGCAAUUGGAAAGGCUGAUUCUGCUGCUCAAUGCUUUUUUGAUAUUGGAGAGUUUAAAAGGGCAGGGGUUAUUUUUGAGGAAAAAUGUGGAAAACUAGAAAGGGCAGGGGAGUGUUUUCAUCUAGCAAAAUGCUAUGACCGUGCUGCCGAUGUUUAUGCCAGAGAAAAUCGCUUUUCUGCGUGUUUGAAUGUUUGCUCUGAAGGGAAAUUGUUUGACAUUGGUUUGCAAUACAUUUUAUCCUGGAAACAAGAUGCUGGAUGUGAUCACCAUGGAUUCAAAAGUAAGGAAAUUGAGAACCUUGAACAAGAGUUCCUAGAAAAAUGUGCUCUUCAUUUUCACUACUGCAAAGACAGUAGAUCCAUGAUGAAGUCGGUUAAAAGUUUUCGAACGGUGGAUUUGAUGCGUGAUUUCUUGAAGUCCUUGAAUUGCCUUGACGAGCUACUUUUGUUGGAAGAAGAACUUGGUAACUUCUUGGAUGCAGUAAAAAUUGCAAAGUCAAAAGGUGAUUUACUUCAUGUCGUUGAUCUUCUAGGUAAGGCAGGAAAUUUUAUUGACGCCUCCAAGCUUCUUGUACAAUAUGUACUUUCCAACUCUCUCUGGUCUCCCGGAAGCAAAGGUUGGCCUUUGAAGCAGUUUAAACAAAAGGAAGAGCUUUUGAAGAAGGCCAAAUCCUUAGCAGAAAAUGAUUCAAAAAAAUUAUACGACUACACAUGCACAGAAGCAGACAUUAUAUCGAAUGAAAACGAUAGCUUGGAAGCUUUGGCUGGUUAUCUAACUGCGACUAAAAACCAAAAUAAUUUUAGAGGUGAAAUGAUAUGUCUUCGAAAAAUUUUGGAUGUUCAUUUGAAUACAUCAAAAUACACUUUGGAAUAUGAACUAGUUUCUGAUCUAACCAAGCAUUCAAAAGAAGUGGUUUUGGAAAACCAAGUGUCCGUUGAAACUUUGGUUUACUUUUGGAAUUGCUGGAAAGAUAGAAUUUUAAGCCUCCUUGAGAGCCUUACAUUUCAUGGUGGGAACGAUGUUGAUAUCUACCCUUACAAUGAGUUCUGUUUAGAUUUUUUUGGUGUUUGGAGGCUGAACAACAGUCACAUAUUGCUCAAUUCAAAUGCUGAUUGGGCCAAAAAUGUGGACGAAAGAUUCGUUCACAGGAAUGGAAAAUUGGUUUCUAUUGAAGCUGCCCAAUUUUAUUUAUUUGCCAAGAACUAUUGGACUACAGAAUUACGUACUUCUGGGCUGAAGGUUUUAGAAAAAUUUGACUACCUUUAUAAAUUCUCCAACAAAAGUCAGCUCACCACGUUUCUUUUGUGUAGGCUUCUCAGUCGCAUGUUUGAAGUUGCAAAAUUUCUUCUAGAGAGCACACAUUUGAAUCACGGAUAUCAUGAUAAACAGAUGCUACUUAGAUUCUAUAAAUUGGCAACUGGGGAAAUCCAAACUCAUUUUUUCCCACCAGAUUGUCAAGUUUCUUUGAAGGAAAGUUUAAUAUGUCUAAGACUUACGGAUGUUUGUCAGAAUAUGAUGAUCGAAACUAUCAUGGAGAAUGUUCAGCUAACAAUUAGGCCAACUUAUGGCCAAAUUGGAAGGGUUGCAAUGUUGAUUUUAGGAUCUAGAAAACUUGAUAAGAAAUUGUGUAGAAGUAUAUUUAACUGGUUACGUGAGAAUUAUCCUUGGAGUGCUUUCAUUCAAGAACUUUGCGACAGUAAGAGUGUAGAAAAUGAGCCAAGAGGGAACCUGGCAAAAGAAAUGGCUCUAGUGUGGAGGUUUCAUGAAGCUCUAAGGGACAUGUACAACGCUAAUUGGGUUGCAGAGCGAGAUUAUAUUUCGCCUUUCUCUUUCAUGUACCUCGUCGAAAGGCUUUUGAUCAUGGUAUCAUCCAUGAAGGGAUACUUCAUCACUACAAAAUUCUCUUUUAUUGAAUGGCUCAUCUGCCAGGAAGAAAAUUCCAACGUAACCUUCAUUUUAGGAGCUCAAACACAACAUUCUUUUCGACCAACUGUUGUAUUUUUGGCUAAUAUUCUGCAACAUUUUCUUCUGGACGUGAAGACAACAAAGGAUUGGACAAAAAAGACACAUCCAAACUUGAAGGAGUACUACCCAAUUUUGGUGCGGAGAUUGGUUGCUGUAACAUGUUUGCUUAAUCUCAACUUUGGCAUCUGCUUUGAUGUACUCCGCAAUUUGCUUGGUCGCAACUACAUCACCGACUGUUUACCCUUGGAAUUUUGUGAUGCACUUAGGAGAAAGAAUUUUUACGUAGAAACUGAGAAAAUAAAUAAGAUUGCUGGAUUCUUCAAGGCAAUUGGAAACCCAAUGGUAAUUGUGAGUUCAGAUGGAGAUUGCAAGCAAUUCAAAUGUAGAGAUGCAACCCUUGUCAACUUGAAGAUCAGCCACUCCAUCAACGACAUAAUGAAGGUUAUGUUCCCAAAGGAAGCCAAAACUAUGCAAAUUCGAACCGACACUCCCAAAUUUCAAGAUGUUACUACUACUACCAGUGAAGUGCAAUCAUCAAAAGGCUGUGAUCCAGGUGAAGUUACCCAGCUUCCAUCCUCUAGCUUGGCUUUAGAUAAAUAUAAGGAGAUGAAAUCUGAUUGCGAAAAUGAGGGUAAUUCACCAAAGCCUGCUGGAUUCUGGGAAAUGUUUGAAGCUUUGACAUCAGUAGAGAGUGAAAUAGAUGGAAAGAGCAAACAGUCGAACGCCUCAAAAGUCAAGAUGGAUGUGGAUAAAUGGCUUCAGCAUUUAACUGCUGCAAAAAGCAUGGGAGAGAAAGAGAUACCUUUAGAAAAAGUGGAUGGCUUGCUUAAUGAAUUAGAUUUGCUUUCUACUGCUUUAAGCAUGAGCAAGCCCGAGGAAAAUGUAACUCAGGUGAUAUCGAUUUCAAAGAGUUUGUAUUCAAGGAGGACAGAGUUGGAGUCUAUUUUUACUAAACUACUAAACGAUGAUCCUGAAAUGGAAGUAGGUCAGAUGUCGGGUAUCAAGAAUGCUGAAGGAGACGAGAUUGUCAAUCCAGAUUGCAAUGACAAGAGCCCUGAAGAAUGCAGAGGAGUGGAGGCUGUGAAAGUUGAACCUGUUUUGCCCCAAGCAAUGAAUCAAAAAGGGAAAGGAAAAAAUAAGCCCAAGAAAAACAAGAGUCGAAAAAAAUAAGUGAGAAUCCAACUGCUAUACUCUUAAUUGAACUGUUUUUUCUUUAAGUUGUUUUGUAAUAUGCUAUGGAACUAAGAAUGAAAUACAAAUAUUCAAAGAGCAUAUCUGAAUGUGAUUUUGAUA